AUGCAGGUGAAGUUUCACUGGCUUAGAUUUGGAAGAUCGAUUGGCUCGAACAUUGGCCGUUCAUCUCGCUACUUUAGUCCUCUGUUGAAUGCAUAUUGUAGAGACCAUGCGAUAGUUCUCGUUGAUCCACAUAUUGAGGGAUUGUUGAUUUUCCCACACUCGAAUGAGUUUCAUCGAUAUUGGCUCGUGGAACAGCGCUAUCUUAUUCUCCAAGACAAGGCUUCUUGCUUACCCGCUUGCCUUCUUGCUCCACCGCCAGGAUCUCACGUUUUUGACACCUGUGCGGCUCCCGGGAUGAAAACAAGCCACGUAUCUGCUAUCCUUGGAGGAACAGGGUGA